AUUCACCCCAACACACAGUGGUGCACCUUGUGAGAUCUUUUUCUCAAAACACACCCUACUGUAUAACUCAGAAUGUCGCUACUUGAAACUAAAUUCGAUUGCGUGGUGCUGAAUGGCACCGUGGUGACGGCUGCCGACACCGGCCGCUACGAUAUUGGAAUAAAAGAUGGGAAAGUCAACCUACUAGCACCAGCCUUCGCUUUAGCAGAAUCGCUUACUUCCCGAUUGAUUGAUGCUGAGGGAGCUUAUGUUAUGCCGGGGGGUAUAGAUGCCCAUGUCCACCUGGCGGAACCAGAGCUGUUUGGCAAAGGGAGGAGUGUUGAUGAUUAUACGACAGGAACUCGGUCUGCGAUAGCCGGUGGUACAACUACUAUCAUCGCAUUUGCCCCGCAGGAGAAGAAGGACCCGUCACUCCUAGGGGCACUAGAUGAGGCCCACGAUAAGGCUGCCGACAACGCGUACUGCGACUAUUCUUUCCAUAUGAUCAUCUCUAACCCAACUCACCAAGCGCUCAAUGAAUUUCCCGUGUUGCGUGAACGGGGCGUUUCAUCUGUGAAGAUUUACAUGACCUAUGAAUCGCUAAAAUUACGGGACAGGGAGAUAUUAGAUGUCCUUCUGCAAGCACGGACUCACGGAGUCACUACCAUGAUUCAUGCCGAAAAUGGAGACAUGCUGUCGUGGAUGACUGAGAAACUCGAGAGCCGUAUGUUGCUCGCGCCGAAAUACCAUGCCACGUCUCGUCCACCGAUAUUAGAGGGCGAGGCCACUAAUAGAGCCAUUGCCUUGGGACAAUUGAUUGGGGCACCGAUCUUGAUUGUCCAUGUUUCGACACGGCAGGCAGCCGCUGUCAUUCGAGAGGCGCAGACGCACGGUCUCCCAGUCUUCGGGGAGACCUGCCCCCAAUACCUAUUUCUGACCCGAAAGGACCUUGAUCAACCGGGGUUUGAAGGUGCAAAAUGUGUCUGCUCACCCCCUCUCCGAGAGGGUCCUGAGGACCCCGAUGCCAUGUGGCAGGGAAUGAAAAAUGGGACGUUUACAAUCCUCUCUUCCGACCAUUGCCCCUUCCUGUAUGAUAAUGCAGUCCACGGCAAAAAAUCUGCGAUCAGUGCGGAUGCGCCGCUUGGACGAUUCCGACUCAUACCUAACGGAUGUCCCGGCGUCGAGACUCGGCUACCCUUGGUGCUGAGCGCAGCCCGCCUUCGUCCGGAGCGGUUCGUGGAGCUGACAAGCACAAAUCCUGCUAAGCUCUAUGGGCUGUAUCCUCAGAAGGGGGCCCUGAUCCCGGGUAUCUCCGAUGCGGAUUUAGUUAUAUGGUACCCCAACUUGGAGCCGUUCCAGAUCACAAACUCUGCGUUGCAUCAUGCUGCCGAUUACACCCCUUUCGAGGGUCACUCCGUAUCUCAAUGGCCUCGGUACACAUUGAUCCGUGGGGAAGUGGUGUGGGACCGCGAUAAUGGAGGCAUUGUUGGCAACAAGGGCUUCGGUCAGUUUGUGCACCGCACGCGCAGUACCUUCUGUGAGGAUCAACCUCCUUGGGAUGUGGAGCAGUUUUAGAACGAUUGAUAUUUGAGAAUACAUGCAUGAACGUGCAUGAAUACAUAUUAUAGUAUUAUUCCAAUCGUUUCUGAAUACGCUCAUAUUCCUAGAAAACUUCUCCGAGAUAUUGAACGGCGUCCUGAAAAGCAUCAAGACGUG